GCUGCCGAGUGCCCUGAACGGCCUCCUGACGUGUGCAAGAACUGUAAACAAGAGGGUAGGUGCUUGGAGCAAUGUGGCUUUGAUAAAUAUAAGACUAACUUCCUCGACAGGCCACAGGACUAUGGAGUGCACGGAGAACCGCAAAUUCGAUUUAAACGGUAUUCCGGACAAGCUCCCCGAAGAGGCGUGGGCUGCAAUGAAGGCGGCUAGUGACGAUAAGGAUUUGGGAGAGUUUCGCGAGGCUUUCAAGGUCUACUCCAAGGCGGCUCCCCAGGCCACCCUUGUGGACAUCGAGAAGAAAAUGCGUGAAGAGGAUUUCAACAUUUACCUCAUCGCUAUGGAGAAACCGAUCGGCGAUAUUAUGUGCCUGAUUAGCCUUCAGGGUAAGCUGAACUGCAAGUAUGUGGUCGGCUUCUACUACAACCCGAAGCCACAGCGAGCGGCACUCCGUGAGCGUUGGCCCGCCUCUACCGAGGACAACCUGGCCCGUCUUGAGGACGCUGGUCUCCCUUACGAUCGUCAGAUCCCGAAAUGUAUCAACUGUGGUGAAAUGGGUCACAUUUCGCGCAGCUGCAAGGAAGAGCGUACUGAGCGCGAGCGAGUCGAGGUGAAGUGUGUCAACUGUAGUGCCGUCGGCCACCGUGCCCGUGACUGCCCCGAUCCGCGUCGCGAUAAGUUCGCUUGCCGUAACUGCGGGUCUCCCGAGCACAAGGCGUCGGAGUGCCCUAACCCUCGUACGGCCGAAGGAGUCGAAUGCCGACGCUGCAAUGAGACCGGACACUUUGCAAAGGAUUGUCCUCAGGCCAGUGCGCCCCGGACCUGCCGCAACUGUGGAUCGGAGGACCACAUGGCGAGAGACUGCGAUAAGCCGCGCGACGUUUCCACUGUGACGUGCCGCAACUGCGAUGAGGUCGGUCACUUCAGCACUGACUGCCCGAAGCCACGCGAUUAUUCCAGGGUCAAAUGCAACAACUGUGGUGAGAUGGGCCACACGAUACGCCGGUGCCCCGCCGAGAACUCGGAAGAGUCUGACUUGAUGGGCGGCACGGACAACUACAACAACGGAGGCGAUGACGUUGGCGCUGAUGCUGGCGGCGGAUGGGGUGCUUCCGAAGAAGCGGCCGGCUGGGAAAAAAAAAAAAAAAAAAAAAAAAAAAAAAAAAAAACCAUGACUCGUUUCUUCUCCCCGCGACAAAUGCCGGAACUUGGAACGGCUUCAGCCGUGUGGGAGGGGGAAGAGAGAGAGCAAAGAAACGCCACUGAAGCGAAACGAACGGAGGACUUCCGUUGGCUGGCUCGCUCUUCCCUGCGAAAUACGGAAUAAUUCCAAGUAUACCUGGCUUGGUACUACUACGACUCUGGGACUUUUUUUUUUUCGUUCGUUUUUCGUUACUUGUUUUGUUCUUUUGUUGCAUUUGGUCGAACGGGGGAGCCGGCAGUCGGAGGGAUUUCUCUUUCUCUUUUUCUUAGUAUGAUUUUCUUUUUCUCGGACGGAA